AUGUCAACAUUUCAACAAAAUCAAUUGAAUGGUUUUUCAUCAAUACUUUUAUCACCAUCGUCAACAAGCAAUACAACAAUAACAAAUAAUAAUCAAAUAAUUUUAUUUGAUAAUAGUGAUCAAGGUUCAGUUGAUUCUGAUUAUACAUCAUUAGGUAGUUCGAAAUUUUAUGGUAAUGGCGGUUCAACAUCAUCACUUCAUCAUCAAGGACGUUCACAAUCAUUUGAUGAAUUAGCAUCAACAAUAACAACAACAACAAUACCAACACGACAUUUUAAUGGGACAUUAAAUGUAAAUAAAUUAAAUAAUGAUCCAUUACAAUUUGUUAAAAUUCAUCCAAAUCAUGAAUUAAUUGAACGUGCACAAGAACAAUUAACAUUAUUCGAAUCACGAAAACGUUUACAAGAAAAUUUUAAAUUAAAUAAUAAUCAACAUCAUACUGAUGGUAUUAUUAAUAAUCCAAAAACAAAUAAUUUAAAUGAUGAUGAUACUGAUUGGUCAAAGGCUGUUGAAAAUUGGCGUCAAAAACGUGAACAAAAGCGUAAACAAAGUUCAAGUGUAAUUCGUACUGAAGAUGAACCAACAACAACAACAACAACAACAGCGAGACUAAAUAUUGAACCUUCACAUCCUAGUCCUAAAAAAAAUUUUGAUGUACCUGAAACAAAACCUAAACUACUUUCACCUUCACCUCCACAGAUUAAUAUAUCACCACCAUCUACAAAAACAAAUAUAUCUACUGGACAAUUAUCAAUAUCUAAUCGAAUUGAAUCAAAAAGUCCAACACCUCCACGAAAUCGAGGUCUAGGUAAAAUUCAUGAAAUAUUUAUUCAAAAACCAAUUGAUAUACGUGGUUUUGGUUUUAAACUUGAUGGUGGUCCAGCACAAAAUCGACCAAUUUAUAUUUCAACACUUGAAGACGGUAGUCCUGCUGAUAAAGCUGGAUUAUGUAUUGAUGAUGAAGUUAUAUCAAUGAAUGAUGAAAAUAUUCAACAUAUGACAUUUGAUCAAGUACGAAAAAUUCUUAAAGAACGAAAUUUACGUGGAAGUAUUAAAAUGGUUGUUAAAACCUAUGAAGAUAUUGUCGAUGAUAAUUCUCAAACAGUUACAAUUGAAUAUAGUCGAACACCAUCGCCACAAAAACCUUUAUCUAAUUUACAAUCAAAUACAUCCGUAACUCCGAUAUCUACAGCAACAACAACAAGCACAAUACUUGUUUCAUCAACGACUCCAUCAAAUGUUCAAUCACCUGUUUAUACAUUUUUACCUGGUACUCCUCCACUUCCUCCUACGUCGUCUUCGUCUAUUUCAACAUCUGAUACAAUUCCUAAUGUUCCUAUUCAUCAAAUACCAUCAUCAUCAUUAAAUAUAUUCGCACCAAAACCAUUUCGUUCAACAGCUUCAAUUAAUAUUGAUACACCAAAAAAUAAUGAAACAAAUUCCACUUAUUCAUCACCAAUUGAAGCCUUUCGAAAGAUGCUUGAUCCAUCAAACAGCAUCAACAAAAAUAUGAAAAAUGAGACAACAAGUACUGUCGAACAACAAUCACCAACUGUAACAAAAACAGCAUCUCGAGAUGUAGUUAAUACGCUUCUUUCUAAUCCAACAUUAAUUUCAUCAAAUCUUAUCGAUUCAACAUCACCUAUAAUAACUAAUCCAAAACUAUCACCACCACCAUUAACAUCAGUUGAUACUUUAUUACAUGGUAUAUCAAAUUUUAAUAAUAAUGAUGAACAAAAUAAUGAUUCUCCUAUUGCACAAGUACGUUCAUCAGUUGAAAAAAAAAUGAGUCAAUUACAACAAGAGCUUUUACUUGGUUUUCCUCAUACACAAACAUCACGAGAACAACGACCAAUAAAUAUACCAAUUGAUUUAACGAAUGCUUCAUUAUCAAAUUCUUCAUUAAAAACAUCAUCAGCACCAUUUUCACCUUCAAUUCAACAACAAGAUUCAAAUUUUAAUAAUAAUAAUCGAACAUAUGGUUUAAAAAUUAGUCCCUAUGAAAAUGCAAUUCAUUAUUUAGAUUCACAUAAUCAACAACAAUCAUCAUCAAAUUAUGAUAAACGAGCUUUACAAGAAUUAUCAUCAAUAUCAACAACAACAACAAAUCGUUCAUCUACAUCACAAUUAUCUGAUCGUACAGUUAAUGAAUUAAGAGUUAAUUUAUCUUCACCACCAACAUUUCAACAACAACAACAACAACAACAACAACAAAAAACUUCUUUUCAAUUAGAUGAAAAAAUUCCACAACAGCGUAUUACUAGUAAACAACUUCAUACAACACUUAAUCAAGCACCAAAAAAAAGUCAUUAUGACGAUCAUUCAUGGAUCACUGAUGAUCAAAGAAAACCAAUCAUUACUUCAUCUGCGCCACCACCACCACCACCAUCAUUAUCACAAGUAUCUUCAUAUAGUAAUGAAAGAAAUGGUAGUAGUAGUAAUCAUCGACCUACGUCACAAACAUCUCAUCAUCAUCAUCAUCAUCAAGAAUUACAAAUGGAUAGACAAGUAUCAAAUCAAUUAAAUACAUUUUAUUAUGAUGAUCGUACAGAUGAAUCUCAGCGUUAUCAGUCACGAACUAAUCAACAACAACAACAACAACAACAAAAAGAUUUUGAUCAAUCGAAUAAUCGACAUCAUCGAACAAAACAAUCAGCAAAAUCACCUAUUCGUACGACGAUUAAUAGUAAUAAUAAUCGAGUUUUGUCUGUUAGUGGUAAAUUACGUUGUUCAAGAUGUAAUGAUGAAUUAGGUCAAGGAUCAGCAAUGGUUAUUGAAUCUCUUGGUUUAUAUUAUCAUAUAGAAUGUUUUCGAUGUUUUGUUUGUAAUAUCCCUUUAUCAUCAUCAUUUGAAGGAACAGAUGUUCGUGUACGAAGUAAUCGACUUCAUUGUCAAAAUUGUUUUUCAGAUGAAAAUGGUGUAAAAUUAAGUGCUGUCUAA